AUGGGUUUGUCGCUGAGAAUGUGGGUUGUCAGUAUACUUGUGCUUACACAGCUCAUUCAUGGAGCUCUUUCUUGGGGAGACGAUGGUCAUUACGCUGUCUGCAAAAUAGCUCAGGGCUACUUUGAGGAAGAAACAGUAGUUGCAGUGAAGAAACUUCUGCCUGAAUAUGCAGGAGGUGAGCUAGCAGCUGUUUGUUCAUGGCCUGAUGAUAUCAAAAAGCUCCCACAAUGGCGAUGGACUGGUGCUUUGCAUUUUGCUGAUACGCCUGAUUUCAAAUGCAACUACGAAUAUUCUAGGGACUGCCCUAAAGACGUGUGUGUGACAGGAGCAAUCUUCAACUACACAAACCAGCUAUUGUCUGCUUCUGAAAACUCACACAGUAUUGUCCACUAUAACUUGACAGAGGCUCUCAUGUUCUUAUCACAUUAUAUGGGAGAUAUCCAUCAGCCCUUGCAUGAAGGUUUCCUUGGAGAUCUAGGUGGUAACAGAGUAAAAGUCAAUUGGUACAGUCAAGAAACUAAUUUGCACCGCGUAUGGGAUGACAUGAUAAUUGACUCUGCUCGUGAAACAUACUAUAACUCAAGCCUUUCAAUCAUGAUUCAAUCUCUACAAGCCAAACUCAAGUAUGGCUGGUCAAAUGAUGUUCCUUCGUGGAAGUCAUGUCCACUCAACCAAAAGGCCUGCCCAAAUCCGUAUGCAUCUGAAAGCAUAGAUCUCGCCUGCAAGUAUGCUUACACAAACGCCACAGUGGGGACUACUUUAGGAGAUUACUAUUUCCUCUCUCGGCUACCCGUUGUAGAGAAGAGACUUGCACAAGACGGUAUUCGCUUGGCGGCCACUCUAAACCGAAUCUUUUCUGCAAAACCGAAGCUCGCUAGAGCCUAG